AUGGAGAAAACUGGACCUGACAGAUUCAAGCUCAAGUUCUCAGGAGCUAAAGAAAGCAAGAAAAAGGAGUUAGUAGAUGAAGACCCACGGGCGAGUAUUGAGUCGUCACUCCUCCUCAUCAAGAAAACUGCAAAUGAGUUCAGCCCAAAACCGCCUCUUUUCUGCUUAAUAUGGCCAUGGGAUGCUAACAACAGUAAUAACGAUCCCUGCUCUUUGGAUACCCCUUGGCUUUUCAAGUUGGUCAAGAAUUUAACCGCUGCGGCCCUCAAUUUUGCACUUGUCCAAAAAGGCCCUUUUGCAUCCACCGACCAAAAGAGAAAUGUUUUGAGCCCUCAAGAGCAAGGAGAGGCGGAUCAGAGGGCAUAUGCGGGCGCUCUAGCGAGCGGCAAAGGUGCGACGGUCGUUGAGUUUUACUCUCCAAAGUGUGGGCUCUGUAAUUCUUUGCUGGGUUUUGUGAUGGAGGUUGAAAAGAGGAACUCCGAUUGGCUCAACAUCGUUAUGGCCGAUGCAGAGAAUGAUAAAUGGUUGCCUGAGCUCCUCCAUUACGACAUCAAGUGCGUCCCGUGCUUCGUGUUGCUCAAUAAAAACGGGAACGCACUUGCAAAGACGGGUGUUCCAAGCAGCAGACUCCAUGUGAUAGCAGGUGUUUCCCAUCUUCUCAAAAUGAAACCACCUCACAAAAAUUAG